AUGUUUAACGCCAUGGCAAAAAACUGGAAUAUUGUUCAAGAACGUUGGAGCAAGAAAAAACACGGGCAUUACCAAAAACCAAAAGAAGUGGAUGUUAAAAAAAUGGACAAUAUUUCCUUCAAACCAGAAUUACCAAUGUAUGCUGAUGAAAAGCAAUUAACUACGCGGGGAAAUAAUAAAACUGAGAACGAAUCAUGUUUGUCUAAUCAUCAUAAAGCGUUACGUACGUUGUUACUUGAAGCCAUCAAAGGGAAGAAAAAAGUCACAGAAAAUAAUAUUGAUACCGUACUACAAUAUGUGACAAAUGAAGUAAUAAAAAAUGAUGCUCUACUAACAUCUGGAAAUAGUCAAAACUGUACAAGAAUAAUCAAAAUACCAGCAUUAACAUUUCGCAAAGAAUAUUCGAAUCGGCAUCAUGAUUACAGUUUUAAUGAAUUCGUUGUGACAAUCAAACGAUUAUAUCCGAAAAUAGCUGAUGAUUUAACGUUGAAGGUCUCUGUCGUUUCUGACUGUUCAUAUUGUGAUGAAACGAAUUGCAUUCAUGAUUGUGAAAAUAUUUUUUUAUUGAAAGAAGUUCACACUAAUGAUUUGCAAUUAUUAAAAGUUCGAACGACAAUGAAUGUUCGAAAUGUCAAAAAACUGGCAAAUAUUUAUAUGUUAAACCCAACAGUUUUGACAUUGAAUCUUUACCUCCGACGGAAACCUUUGUAUAUGUCCGGUCUUAUAUCGAAUGCGUUCAGUGCGAAUGACGAUCAACGUAUGCCACAGUGUGGUAUCGGAUUCACAAAUAUAGUUCAACCACCGACAAAAGCUGCACUCUCUUCCGCGGAAAGCAAUAUCACAAUUUAG